AUGUGCCUGAUCCCCGCUGCUGCGCCUAAUGCGCGUAGACCCAUGACUUCGUCUCAAAUGCAAGAGAUGCUUGGGAUUUACUAUUUGCUCAGAUGCGCCGGCAUACGCAACAAUGUCGCCGAAUUCCUGCAGAGAGCCUCUUCGAACUGGACCCUACAGCUCCCUAUCCCGCGGGACCUUCCCGCUCUCACAAGACUCAACGCGUUCGACGCGCUAGCAAGAAAUGCGCUGGUGUUAGGCAUCCCGGUAGAAUUGAUCGAGAGCGACGAUGGCGACUCUCUCUUUAUACAUCAAGGCCCCGAGCGGCCCGGAUCCAGCGAGGUCCUGCCGCCUCAUCUCUCACCAACGGCACUACAGAGGACUGUCAAGCAUCAUCCAUGGCUGGACCUAUUCCCAAUACCGAAGAUGAGGGAUAACAUUCUUCGUGGUAUUCAGUCGGGCGAGAUAGACGAAGAUGAGCUGUGCAACGCUUUAGUCUGCGACCUCUUGGACUUGGACUCCCCCACCAAAUCAUCGCUUGUCAUAUGGGGAGACGCCUGGGACUUGAAUGGCUGGGAGCUGGGUCCUGAAUUCUUCAGGAGAUGGGGCGGGCUAGUGCAGGGCUGCCCCGAAGUGCUGACAGCUACCAACUACUGGCGACAAAAAAGAGGUGUAGGGAAAAUAAGAGAGAUCAACUCGGGCGGCUCGCUGGCAUUAGAUAUCACAUAG